AUGGUAUCAAUAAAAGCUGAGCCUCUAACAAUACCUACUUUUGCAAAUUAUGGCUCGAUCAUAUCCCCCGAUGAAUCGAUAAGCAACCUAGAUGACUCUAUGAAGACUGCCAACCAAGGAACCGCGAUAAAAUUGUUGGGGGUCAGUGAGAUUGAGAAAAAAUAUCCCUUCACUGACACACCAAAGUGGAAUCUGUUCAGGUGUUUCCCUCAGCCACACCUCAAGCGUUCUUUCUGCGAGGAUCAGACUAAAGGAUCCACUCUGAUAGAACACUCUAUCAAAGUGCUCGAAAAGCAUCCUUCCAGCUCUCAAACCUUCUUACCAAUGGGUCGCCCUAGUAACGAACUAUCGUAUCUAAUAGUAGUUGCAUUGGAAGACUCGAAGUCUGGAAAACCAGAUGUAUCUACACUGAAGGCAUUUACUUGCAAAGGAAACCAGGCUGUCACUUACGGCGCAGGUAUCUGGCAUGCCCCGAUGAUUAUUCUUGGACAGCAAGAGCAUCUAGACUUUGGAGUGAUCAUUUACGAGUUCCUCGACAAACAGGCCCCAGAAAAGGAUUGUCAGGAAUGCCAUUAUGAUGAGUCUGCCAUUAAGGUUCAGUUGGUCUCAACUUAA